AAAUUUGCUUUUGAAUUCAUUGGUUUCCGGGAUUUGAUAACUUCCGUUGACAGCCAUUUUAUAAGACGCUUCUCGUGCUCGCGUAUGUUUGCUUCUAUUUUCAGUUUGACUAUUUUGUAACCUCAGAAAUUUAGAUAGAUUAUCUAGAACUUCCUUUGUUAAUCGUUAUUUCAAUUAAAUAACAAGGAUGAUCAAAGUGGAGGAAACACAAAUUCCAAAUGACGAUGAAAGAGAUAGGAGCAGAGAACGUGAUCGGAAUCGACGAUCGGAUAGACAAAAUCGUAUCAAUUCGACUAGUCGUGAUCGGAGUAGAGAAAGAAAUGAUCGUGGUGGCAGAAAAGCUUCAGAUAGAAGAAUUUAUGUAUCAAAUAUACCGUAUGACUUUCGAUGGCAGGAUUUGAAAGAUUUAUUUAGAACUGAAGUAGGGAAAGUUGCACAUGUCGAACUAUUUACGGAUGAAAAUGAUAAGCCCCGUGGUUGUGGUAUUGUUGAAUUUGAAGAUGCGGAAUCGGUAAAAAUUGCUGUUGAAAAAAUGCAUCGUUAUGACACAAAAGGAAGGAAAUUAGUUGUGAAAGAGGACUUUGAUGUUGAGCGUGAUAAAUAUGGUCGUCUAGCAACAGCUCGUAAUAAUGAUAGACCAAGAGAUGAUAGGUUUAGAGAUCCUCCUCGUCAGCAAGGAGGUGGUAGACAAAACAUGCCAGCACCUAGUGGCAGUGGUGGUGGUGGUGGUGGUGGUGUUGGUGGCGGUGGUGGUGGAGGUGGUGGAGGCGGUGGUGAUAAUAAGUUUGGUAAUACUUAUGGUCUCAGUACACAAUUCUUGGAAUCUUUAGGUAUUAAUGGACCUUUGGUUACAAGAGUCUUUGUAGCAAAUUUGGACUAUAAAGUAGAUGAAAAAAAAUUGUUGGAGGUAUUUAAGUUGGCUGGUAAAGUUUUACAUGUUGAAUUGGGCAAAGAUAAAGAUGGAAAGUCUCGUGGCUUUGGAGUCGUAGAAUAUGAUCAUCCAGUGGAAUCUGUACAAGCUAUUUCAAUGUUACACAAUCAACAACUUUAUGACAGACGAAUGACAGUAAGGCUUGAUAGAGCAAAUGAACCAGAUAUGCCACCAAAAUUACCAGAAGGUCUGAAGGGCAUUGGAAUGGGAUUAGGAGCAGGAGGAAACAGAUUAAUGGAUGUAGCACGAAAUAUUCCUAGUGUACAAGCCAACAAUCCACCGGUUGUAAAUCCUAUCUCUGCUCCUGUUUUGGCUGCCGGUGCAUUUGGUGCUGGAUUAAAUAACGUUGUACCUGCACAAUUAGCAUCAGCAUUGACAAAUUCAAAUGCAGCAGCACUUCAAGCGAGUCUUGCUGGUGGUUUAGGAGCAAACCUAACUACAAGCUCUUUAUUGAAUUCAUCUUUAACAAAUGAACUGGCUUCAAAUUUGAAUAGCUUUGGUGGUGGAGUUGGCGGUUUGUCAGGACUACAAGCAUCUUUGGCUGGUGGUCAAGGAAAUAAUUCUUUUGCACCAAGAGGUUUAUCUAAAUUAGAUAACGAUAUAGGAUUUGGUGGCAACAAUGCUUUUGGAAGUUCAUCCUUUGGUGGUGGCAGAGAUUUUGAUGGAGGCUUCAACAGAGGGGAUGGCGAUCGUGUAUCUGGUGGAGGUGGUGCAUUCUCCGGAAAUCAAGGACAAGGUGGAGGUGGUAACAGACAAAAUGCUAACGGUUCUCGGCUGAUGUCAGAUACCAUUCUUAUAGGAAAUUUACCUCCUAAUACUACGUGGCAAAUGUUACGUGAUAAAUUUCAAGAUGUUGGUGAGGUCAAGUUUGCAGAAAUGAGAGGUACAGAUAUGGGAAUGGUACGAUUCGUCUCUGAAUGGGAUGCGGAGCGAGCAGUGUCGAUGAUGAAUCGGUCACGUAUCGAUGGCAGGACAAUCGACGUACGCUUGUACUAACGAAAGAACUACUACAUCGAUCAAAGCUAGAGGAGACUGGGGUUUGCUAUGUCGUCUGCAGCAUUGUUCCGCUCCCGAUGACAAUACUUGAAAUUCAUCGUAGUUGUGUGGCAGAACGUAGGACAGUGAGUGAGAAGUAAUCUGUCGUUGGAAGAACAACAGUCGUGUGUUGUAUACCUGUUCAACGUUGAAACGCUCGUAUUGAUGGGCUAAUGGUCAGCCUUCUUUGACGUAACCAUCUUGUUCUAAAUUCUACACCAUCAGUUAUCGUUCCUUUUUACAGUCGGAAACGUUCACUUCUAAAUCAGCUUCUUCGAGUGAUCGAUAUAUAGUUUAGUUUGUUAGGUUUUAGGUUCGUAAUGUUCUUACAUAGUCCAUAGGUUUUUUCAGUAUGUAGGCUAUACUAUUUACAGUAAUCAGUAAAAAGUAGCUUGUAAGUUUAUUUCAUAGUUGUCACACGAUGAGAGUAAGAUAGUAAGAGAGAGAGAGAGAGAGAGAGAGAGAGAGAGAGAGAGAGAGAGAGAGAGAGAGAGAGAGAGAGAGAAAGAGAGACGACUCAAUCGGUUUUCUGACAUUCCGGUCUAAAGUGACGCUUUGGUCGUUCGCAAACAGGUCAACCAAACAGGGACAAGAUAAUUUUUUUGUCGUUAUAUUAAUAUUUAAAGCUGGCACGGUUGUCACAAAUGUAAGAGUUAAAUUUUCGAUCAGACUAUAAUCCAUCUUAUAUUAGAUACUCGUUCAACGAUUCAAUUCUUAUACGGAUAGUAAAUAUCUGUCGUUUUAUUCUAAUGUCAGUUUCUCUCAUAUACAUCGGUUCUUAUGCCUAAUAUGUAACUAGAUGUAUCGUGGUUCGACAGGGAACAAUUCUCCGCUCCGUUCACCUUUGAAAUUUAUUUUUUUUUGUUAUCCAGUGUUAUCCACGCUGCAUA